UGUUUUUUUUCCCUUUGCUCACUUCAUUCAACAAACAAAAAAGCCAAAAAUUUCAAGAAAAUUCUUCUCCUUUUCUUGCGCUUCUUCACCUUAUAUUAUCACCGUCUUUAUAUGCUUUUCUUGAUAUGGAAGCUUAAAGAUUGCCCAAUUUUAAUACUACUAUUUUCUACUUACUAGUACUAUAUAUUUUCAUUUCAAAGAAAACCCUUAUAUUCUGCAUGAUUUAUCUAUCAUUAUUCUUGUUCAUAUACUCCUUUGUUCUUACUACCUAUUAGGGUUUUAUAAAAAUUAUGUCAUUCCAAUUUCGUCACCAGUCAAGAGUCUCGUUUUAAAUGAUAUGUUUGCUUGUGCUAUCUAGCAUUUUUUUGACGUGUUAUGAAAAAUAUUGUUGGAAUUUCAUACCCUUGAUUUCUAGCUAGUUUUUUUUUUGUUGCUUUGUGUCUCUUUCGAAAAAAAACUAGAGCAUCAUCUCACUUCAUAGCAUGUCUGCUUGUGCCUUCUAGCAUUUUUUGACGUGUUACGAAAAAUAUUUUUGGGAUUUCAUACCCUCGAAUUCUAGCUAGUUUUUUUUGGUUGCUUUGUUUCUAUUUAAAAAAAAAAAAAAACUAGAGCCUCAUCUUACUUCAUAGUUCCUAGUUGCUACUUUUCUGUCCCUUUCUUCACAUACAGAUAAGAGAAGAGAAGAUUUUCUUGAAGAUCAUCAGUCAGAAAGAAAGCAAACUGUUUUUAGCAAAAGGAAAAAAGGCAAACAAAGCACAAGUCUUGUUUCUGUUUCCUUUGGUUAAACACAGCAAAAACAGGUCUAACUAAAGCAAGACAAAUUCAGAAGAAGUAAAACAAGUUUUUACUAUCAAUGUCUUCCUCUUCUUCUUCAUUAUCGUCAAAUUCGCCAUGUGCAGCGUGUAAAUUUCUACGUCGAAAAUGCCAACCAGAGUGCGUUUUCGCGCCAUACUUUCCCCCUGAUCAACCACAGAAAUUCGCGAAUGUGCACAAAGUGUUUGGGGCAAGUAACGUGACCAAAUUGUUGAAUGAAUUACAGCCUCACCAACGUGAAGAUGCUGUAAAUUCAUUAGCUUAUGAAGCUGAUAUGAGACUUAGGGAUCCUGUUUAUGGCUGUGUUGGUGUUAUUUCACUUCUUCAACAUCAACUUCGACAACUUCAAAUGGAUCUUAGCUGUGCUAAAUCUGAGCUUUCCAAAUACCAAAACUUAGGAGGUAUUGCAGGUACUACUACUCAUGGACUCUUGGCAGCUGCGGCUGCUGCAGCUGCCACUACCGCCCACCACCACCAGCAAUUCAACUUCAUGGCUGGAGGCGGAAGGGAUCACCACCACCUCUACCACCACCAUCAGUUCUUCCCCAGAGAUCAGUCGCAGCAACAACAACAACAGCACCAGCACAUGAUUCGCGCAUUUGAAGGCCAUGGGAAUAACAACUUUGAUGCAAGUAGCCUUCUACUAGGUCAACUAAGCCAGUUCCAGCAGCCACGCGCCGCUGGCGGAGAUGGCCGACGGACGCCGGUGGAUCCAUCUUAGUUAGGUUACAUAAGAGACUUUGAGUUUUUAACUAUGAACUACAAAAACAGAUACUAUAUUAAGUUUGAAGAUUAUGAUAGGUAAUACUGGCUUGCCCAUGCACCAGAAUACUUAUCUAUAAGUAUUUUUGAGAGACCAAAUAUUGUAUGAAUUUUCUCUACUGUUGUUGAUU